AUUUUCCUCGAUCCACCAAAUUAUUGAAUCACUACAACAAAGUGAUCUUUGAGAGUUUUUUUUUUUUUUUAAGAGUUUUUUUUAUGUCAUAUAAUGAAGCUUCGUUAGAGAGAUCGAGAUAGAGUUGUAGCAACAAUGGAUGCAAAACAAAGUGAUGAUUUGAGGGUUUUGAUGUUCCCAUGGUUGGCUCAUGGCCAUGUUUUCCCCUUUCUUGAACUAGCCAAAGGCCUAGCCAAGAAGCACUUCCACAUUUACUUUUGCUCCACUCCCAUCAACCUCGACUCCAUCAAAAAUCACUUGAACAACAACAACAAUAACAACAACAACGACGCUGAUGAUCAUCGUGUCUCGAUCGAGCUGGUCGAGCUCCAUCUCCCAACCCUACCUGAGCUCCCACCACACUACCACACAACCAAGAACAUCCCACCCCACCUCAUGCCCACCCUCAUGGGGGCCUUCCACGCGUCGGCCCCCGCCUUCUCCGCCAUCAUCGCGAGGCUCAAGCCCGACUUGCUCAUCUACGACGGCUUCCAGCCCUGGGCCGCCAGGGCUGCGGCGGCCCAGGGCAUCCCGCCCGUCCUCUUCGCCACCUCCGGCUCCACCGCUCUCGCGUUCUUCCACCACCUCCACACACACAAGAGUUGGGACACAUUCCCUUUCGAGGAUAUAAGACCGAAAGAGCAUGAGAAGAGGGAUAUGAUUGCGGCAGGUGAAUCCAUCAAAGUUAGCAAUGUUGAUGGAGCCGAUCUCUUCUGCUUUGGGAUCUUCGAACUAUCUUGUGAGAUAGUCUUGAUCAAGACGUAUAGAGGGUUCGAGAGCAAGUACAUGGAUUAUCUCUCUAGGUUAUGUGAGAGAAAGCUCGUCCCAACCGGCCCCUUGAUCUCACAUGGCGAUGAUCAUGAAGAUCAAGAUUUGGAGAUGAUGAAGUGGCUUAAUGAGAGAGAGGAAGGCUCAACUCUUUACAUUUCAUUUGGGAGUGAGAAUUAUUUAUCUAAGGAGCAAAUGGUGGAGAUAGCAAAAGGGUUGGAGCUGAGUGGUGUUAACUUCAUAUGGGUUGCUCGGUCGCCGGCGGGGGACGGCGGCGCCGUCCCGGAAGGAAGAGGGGUGGUGGUGAGGGGGUGGGCGCCGCAGGCGGCGAUCUUGGCACACCGGAGCGUGGGGGGAUUCAUGACGCACUGCGGGUGGAGCUCGGUUUCGGAGAGCGUGUUUUUCGGGGUUCCGGUGGUGGCGGUGCCGCUCAAGGACGAUCAGCCGGUGAAUGCGCGGCUGGCGGUGGAGGCCGGCAUCGGCGUGGAGGUGGCGAGGGGGGAGGAUGGGGGGUUUGAUGGGGAUGGGGUGGCGAGGGCUAUCAAGGAGGUGUUUGUGGAAGGGAGAGAAGGGUUUAAGAGGAGAGUGGAGGAGUUGAGGGAGAAGAUGAAGGUGGAGGAAGAAGGAGCCAUUGAUGAAGUUGUGGAGGAACUUUCUAGGGUUUGUAUGAAGAAGUGAUGCUAAUUUUGUUUUCGUAUAAAUCGUGUCGUAUUCGUAUUCGGAUUGAAUGAUUUUCCUUCAUAAAAUCGUGUUGUAUUUGAAUUUAGUUGUGGAGUUAUAUAUAUGCUUUUGUGACCUCUUAUCAUAUUGUGUUAAGUAAAUCGUGAUGUAUUUAUUUUCCUUCAUAAA